AUGCUUGCUUUCUUCUUUAAGGUCCUUGAACACAUGCCCUUGCUGCUGUAUAUCUUGGCAGCAAAAACCUUAAUUCUCUGCCUGGCAUUUGCUGGAGUCAAAAUCUACCAACGGAAAAGAUUAGAAGCAAAACUGGAAGCUGAAAAAAAGAAGCAGUCAGAGAAGAAAGAUAACUAGAGGGAAAAA